CCGAUGCCGGGAAAGCGAAAGCAUAAGACUGACGCUGAUGAUGUUGACGUAGAGCAAGAAAGCAUGAACGGCGGAUCUGAGAGUGCGAGUGCCAAAAGCGAGGCCAAACCGAAGAAACGUGGACCAGGUCGUCCACCAAAGAACAAGCCCGAGGAGCAGCCCAAGCCGGAGGCGGAGAUGGAGGAUGAGCCAAAGAAGGACACGAAGGCCAUGAGGAUCUUGAAGAAGUUGAUGCAAGUCGAACAAGACCUCACCACGGCCGAGGAGACGAAGAGAUCACACGAGGAGGAGGUGCAGAAGUGCAAGGACGACAUCAACAAGCUCAAGCCGAAGAAGCAGAAACUAAUGGACGACCUGUUCGAGGCAAACAACCAAGAAGACGCCCUUGCUGCUGCUGGCACACUCUCGGGUCAGGAAGCCGCCGCCGCUGCUGGCGGACAGAAGAACGGGGACGGGGAGGGUGAGGGCAACGGAGAGGAAAACAAGUGAGGGCGGAGAUGGGGUGCGUGAAGGCGGGCAGGGAUGGUGUAUGUAUUUCAUCUGUGCGUAUUGACUAACGACCCUCUUUUUCUAUGACGUUCCGUCUGUACGUGUUGACCUCUGACCCGUUUGUGUCCUCAUAACGAUGUACACACGCACGAGCACUCUCUCUGUCUCUCCGUGAAUCGACCGACCCAGAACAGCGUGUGAAAGCAAAACUGGUGCCUGCCUACAUGCACACAUCCACACGGACACGUAAUAUUGACAGACAAAACGGGCAAUCGCAUUCACACACAG